CAAAGAGGUCAUAAAAAUUGAGAAGUUCGCCAUGUUUUGCUAUGAACUGACGUAAGAAAAGCCUAUACUUACAAAAUUUUGGAGUGCACUUCAAAAAAAGGGAAAUAAUAACUAUCUACAUGUAACAUGUUUUCAUUGAAUUCCAUUAACACCCAAAACCAGAUUCUUAUUAGCUUUAGUCAGCUGUCGUCUCGUUAUUCAUGUAUAUUCAAGCAAAAGAAGCACAAUAACAGUAAAAAUAAACAUGUGAAAAGCACAGAAGCCGCUCCUGGGUUCUACAAAGCUGCAUUAUGUCCUGAAAGUUUAGAAGAAGCAGUAAACAAUUUUGAUAAAAAUGUUUUAAAAGACAUGGGUAAAAUUAACUUAAGAUCUCUUAGAACAGUUUCUACACCUUGUAAAAAUUCCGUUAAAAGCUUCGUACAGUUGAGCUCCGCAAAAAAAAUUUCUCAUAUAUCAGGACAAUCAUUUGAGAAAAACAAAAAUGGUUGGACGAAUGUACCCCAUGUUCCAACUGUAACCGUCGAUUUUCGCGGUAAAAGUCCGAGAUUGACAUUCACCGAAAACUUUAUUGGACUGUUUGCGAAUGGAAUACAUGAUGAUGUGUUCAGAUACAAAAUACAGGUCCGCAAUUUUAAAACGGAGCGUAGUAUCCAUGCAGACUUGAAAAGGAAUCCCAACCUCAUCAAUAGACUGCGUAAGUUAUUCGGACUAAAUGUCAGUGAAGGUACAGAGAAACAGCAGCAAAGCAACAUGGGGCCAGAGGUAGCACCACGCUUGGAGAAGCUCCUUACCGAAGACCAGCUUCUCACUAGUCAUCAGAAGGAUAAGAUUAAGAUUGCAUUUGCUGAAGGAUAUCUUGCAGGCUCUCACCCGGAGAAUGCUCGCACUUCCAAAGGCUCCAAGUACCUGAAGCUGGUGCAGCAGUUGCUCACCAUUGUGCUGUUCCUUGCCAUCUUCGUCAGCCUCAUGGCCUCCGUUAGUGGCACUGUAUUCCGCAGGAAUGUGACUAACAUGCGCAGGAUCCAGCUCGGCAACCAGGUGGAGGUGGACCCCGAGGACAUCAAUGUCACCUUCGAUGACGUCAAGGGUGCUGACGAGGCCAAGCAGGAGCUCAAGGAUGUGGUGGAAUUCCUAAAGUCUCCAGAGAAGUUCUCUUCCCUAGGGGGUAAACUGCCGAAGGGUGUGUUGCUGGUGGGUCCGCCGGGCACGGGGAAGACCCUACUGGCGCGUGCGGUGGCAGGCGAGGCUCGUGUGCCCUUCUUCCACGCAGCGGGCCCGGAGUUCGAUGAGAUACUGGUCGGGCAAGGCGCGAGGAGGGUCCGGGAUUUGUUCAAAGCGGCAAAAGAACGUGCACCUUGCGUUAUAUUUAUUGACGAGAUCGACUCUGUCGGCGCCAAGAGGACCAACAGCGUGCUGCAUCCGUACGCCAACCAGACUAUCAACCAGCUGUUAUCGGAGAUGGAUGGUUUCCACCAGAACGAGGGUGUGAUAGUGCUGGGCGCUACCAACCGCCGCGACGACCUGGACCAGGCGUUACUGCGCCCUGGCCGCUUCGACGUUGAGGUGUCCGUGCCGACCCCCGACUACGGCGGGCGCGUGGAGAUCCUGCGGCUGUACGUGGCGCGCGUGGCGGCGCAGCCCGAGGUGGACGUGGAGGCGCUGGCGCGCGGCACCACCGGCUUCACCGGCGCAGACCUCGAGAGCAUGGUCAACCAGGCCGCGCUCAAGGCGGCGGUGGAAGGCGCGCAAACAGUGUCGAUGGGGCACCUGGAGGAGGCGCGCGACAAGCUGCUGAUGGGCCCCGCGCGCCGCUCGCGGCUGCCCGACGACGAGGCCAACGCCAUCACCGCCUGCCACGAGGGCGGCCACGCCGUCGUCGCUUACUACACCAAGGACGCGCACCCGCUGCACAAGGUGACGAUAAUACCUCGCGGGCCCUCGCUCGGACACACCGCGUACAUACCCGCUAAGGAAAGAUAUCACGUGACGAAGCAGCAGCUGCUGGCGAUGAUGGACACCAUGAUGGGGGGACGUGCUGCUGAAGAGCUCGUCUUCGGACCUGACAAGAUCACAUCGGGGGGGUCGUCAGACCUGAAGCAGGCGACGUCGAUCGCGUGCCACAUGGUGCGCGAGUGGGGCAUGAGCGAGAAGGUGGGGCUGCGCGCGCUGGAGCCCCCGCGCGGCGCCCUCGCCCCCGCGGAGACCAUCGGCCCCUACACCAACGAGCUGGUGGACGGGGAGAUAAAGAAGCUGUUGUCGGAGAGCUACGAGCGCGCGAAGGCGAUUCUGCGCGCACACGCUAAGGAACAUAAGGCGCUUUCUGAUGCUUUACUCAAAUACGAGACUUUAGACGCGGAUGACAUCAAGGCGAUAAUGAGCGGAGAGAAGUUGAAACGGGACAGACAGAACCGCCAGCCGGGCAAGGAGCCCGUGCCAGCUCCCGCGUCAGCACCGGGCGCCGCUGGACUGCUGGCUUCACCACCUGCAGCGCCGCAGCCGGCAUAGCACGGGAAUAUGCGCCGUCCAGUAUGACGCUGGGUGCGUGCGGACACCUCGCCUCAAUACAUACAAAUAAGUGUAACAAUAUAUUAUUUCAUAUUCAGUUGAUGUUUGCUCUUGUAAGUAGGAAUUACAAUACGAAUGUAAAUAUUUUUGUUAAACAAGAGAUAUCUCUUGUGUUAGUUAAUUUCAGUUAAUAUUUCGAUAUAGGUUGUUUUAAAUGUUACAUCAACCAUUUUUUUUUAAUUAAUAUUUGAAUUUAUCAAUAUAAUUUUGAUUUAAAUUGUUUUUUUUUUGCAAAUUUAUUUAAACAUUAUCCUUAUUAAUUAUGGAUUGUAAAAUUUGAAAACUAAAAUUUAACUUUUGUUAACGUUAACUUAACAGUUAGAAUACUUAGCAGUAACUUGAGAAAGUUGAUUGUUUAUUAUAUUCUGUAUGAAGUAAUUUUGUGUUUUCCCAAAAAAUAAUGACAGAAACUUAUAUAACUUAGAUCGUACUUAGCGGAGAGUGUUACAUCCUGCUUACAAGUUAGCAAUGCAUUCAAGUUGUGAAGGCGUUAGUGUUAUUGUACAACAUUAAGCCUUUUAGCGCCUCAAGUGGUAAUUAUUUUUUAAAAUCAAAUUAGUAAAAGUACAAAUUUGUCUGAAACAUGUAAAAUUGGAACCCGAAACUUUUAGUUUAAGUUGAAUAAAUAUUUCAACAUGCAUUAACUUAAUAACUUUAUGGAAUUCGUAAAAAAUAGAAUCAAUUGUUUAAAAUUAUAUGUUAAUGUUGGGUUGUAUAAAAACAUGUUUAACAACUUGUUGUAAAACAUGUUUCGUAAAAACCUAUAUUCAAUAGUCAUGGGUUUCGAAUUUAACUUAAAUUAUUAUUAGUUUAACAAAUUGUUUAGUUGAUUGAGAAUUUAUUUCUGCCAUUUCUUCCAUUUAUCUAAUUGUCUAACUAUUUGAUAAAAAAAGAAUUAAAUUCGAUAUCUCAUGUCUCGAUUUAGUUUAUUUUCCUUUUUUUUGAAGUGUUACCAAAAACCUUAUACGUCAAUGAUUUUAACAAUUAAUGAUUUGCGCUCGGAAUGGCCGCUAACAAAGUUAACUUCAAGUUGAAAGGUUGUGUAGUUAAGUUGCAAUGAUUUACUUUGGUUUGAAUACUUAGAAACUACUGUGUACAUUAUGGAAAAUAUUCUUUAGUUUCUGUUUGAUCCUGUAACUUAGGACUUGAAAGUUAUUUUAUUGCAUAAAUGUGAUACAGACGCAGUCAGAAUGACCUAAGUAUUUAUAAAAGUUUUAAAUAAAUUACCUACAAAAUGUAUGAAGGCGCAAAUCGUAUAAGUGGAAAGCAAUAUUGUAGUUAGAUUUCUGAAACUUCAUAUCUUAUGAAAAAGUUAAAUACAUUAUAUAUUUUAUGCAGAUCAUAUGUUUUGAGAAAUAAAAAUAUUGGAAGAAAA